AUGUAUUUAAUAUUGGUAUACAACUAUUAUAGUUAUUCAUUAUUAAGUUGUGAUAAAAUGAAGAGAUUAUUCCAAAAUUUGUUAUUAUGCAUAUUAUACUGUAUGUAUUUAAAUUUCUGUUAUGCUGAUUCACAUGGUGAAAAAUUGAGUAAAUCUGAGUUUGAUAUAUGUGUUCAAGAAUGUGGUAAUCAAUAUGAAGAAUGUUCUAAAGCAAUACGUGAAUUAUGGAGAAAUUUUCAAAAAAAUAAAAAACAAAUUAUGAAAGUUAUGAAUAGUUGUUGUUUACGUGGUCAAGGUGAUCAUUCACAACCAUCAACAUUAAGUUUUGCUACAUGUGUACGUGAUAGAUGUGGUGCAGAAUUAUGGGGAUGUAACAUUAAGAAACGUCAUAGUGGUUUUCUAACUGAACAAGAAAUUGAAUAUAUCAAACAAAAAGAAUCCCGCCAAAAAAAGAAAAAUUUCACAGUAA